GGAGAACCAAAAAGGUGAAAGCAACGAUUUAAACACCCAGAAGCCCUCAGGUGAAGCCUUCAAUGAUAAAGAACCUGAUGCUUCAUCAUCAUCCGUCAGUGCUGCACCAAAGGAUCUGAUGGACGCCUACAGGCGAGCGGCCCCUCACUUAUUAAACAAAUUGGCUCAUCUACUUUCACAGCAUAAGUGGUCGCAGAAAGACUGCAUCCCCAGCGGCAUUGUCAAUAUCCUGAAUUACUCCUGGCACGAUCUGACUGCAGGGGCGUCGCUCCGCUUGAGAAGUCGAGUGGCGAUGACUGAGAAACAGGGGAGGUCCAAAGUCUCUCUGAAGAGGGAGAAAACACCUCGUCAGGUUGCUGAGCCUGCCAAGGAGGAAAGAGGAGAAAGGAACUGUUGUGUGGUUAGAAAUGCAGGUUCAUUUUGGAGAAAAGUUGAAGUGAAAAAAUGGGAAAAAAAGAACAAACGCACCAAAAGAGCUUCAAACUCCACAGCAGUGAGAUUCUCCAUCUCAGCCUGUAGCAGCGAAGAUCCAGGUGGGAUCGCUCAGCCAAAGCAGCACCUCUGUGAUGAGCCUGAAAGCGUCCAAGUGAUUCAGUGGGCGGUGGAGCGACUGCGGGCAGCACGAAAUCCUCAGAAGAUCUUUCUAAGAGAAGAAGAAGAAGAACCACGCCUGGACCUCUGGUUGAUGCUAAACUCCAGAUACCAGAAGAGCAGCUGCAGAAUCCAGCCCCUCAGAAACUGCACUACCACAUGAAUGAUGGCUCC